UGUAACACGUGGACGUGCAAGACCUCAAAGGAGCCCAGUUGGGCGCGCUCACUCACAGCAACGAGAGCGCGCAUCACUUCCUGCGCAUGCUGCGCGUUUUCAACUCAGACAGGACGACCGUGAGGGGGGAGCGAGUCGACGAAGUCCUCAGAAAUUGGAGUAAGUAACGGAAUAUCGCACUUGGUAGUCCACCAAACUGCUCGAGAUUAAUCGGGCAUGGACUCCUGCUAUUGGACCAGGUGGUGAUGGACCCUCCCCCUGCGCGAAGACAAUAGCUGGGAAUGUUGGAUAUCGUCCCUCCCACCCUUUGUUUGCCCCCAAACAUAUUCAGGACAAAUACGCACGUUUUCUCUUGCUCACACUAACACAAUACGUUCCUCUCGCCCGCUCCAGCCCCCACAAGCUAUGGCAUGCCCGACUUCAUAGGGGCCAUGAAGCUUUCCCGGGACCUUUCGUAACCGCUACUGUCGAGGACCCUUGAGAGACAAACAAUCGGGUUCCUCCUAUCUGUCAGAUUAGACACAGCGUCCCGCUGUCUGUAGGUUUGGUGGAGCUUGUCGAAAGCUCGGUAGAUCAUCGAAUCAUGAAAACACCUGAGGACCACUGGGAGUUUCCAUUUAGAGUUGUUUAUUAAGACUCCAAGUAAGCAAAGUGAUUCAAAUUUAAUCUGCAGUAGGUGUCCCUCCUCCUUGGGUGUUUCAUCAGACACACGCGAAGUGCCUUCAUCGAACACUACAGAUAUCUACAGAUCCAUCUCUGCCAAACCGUUUACAUCACCAAACCUCCCGAGGCAUACAUUUCUUUUGGAGUUUACAAGUCAUAUCAAAGGCGCAGUUUUUCUUCUUCUGUUUGCAUGUUUCCACAUGUUGGUGUUAAAGCCUAAAGUACCUACACGCAAGGAAUGAGACCACCAUAGAAUCGAGUUUCUCGCUCAUAUCAAACCCAAACUCAUUUGGACUGCUUCUCAGACUUGGUGACAGAAUUGAGUGACAGAAUCGAGUAACAGAAUCCGUACACCAUGUUCACGCUGCAGUCCAAAUGGCGCUAUCUGAUCAUGCUCUUGGGCGUCCAGUUGGUGGUCAUGGCAAUUCUCUCCAGAGAGGGAUACCAGAAACGGGUGUCGUAUUUUUUCCGAAUUUUCCGUAAGCCCGAUUCUACAGCGGGACAUGCGGGCGGUGGGCGGAACCAGACGGAUGUCUACGCUAACCUCUCCCUUUUACGUCCCACUCUGAAUAAAGAGGACAUGCCCUUCUGCCCUAAAAAGUCCCCUCUGAUUGGUGGACCAAUCCACGUCACUUUUCCUUCCGGGCUCACGCUUGCCGAGGUGGAGGGGAAGAAUCCAUUUGUGAUCCGAGGGGGCCGCUAUAGACCUCCAAACUGUGAAGCCCGUCACCGGACUGCCAUAAUCAUUCCCCACAGAAACAGGGAGCACCACCUAAAGUUUCUACUCUACUACCUACAUCCCUUCCUUCAGCGUCAACAGCUCAAUUAUGGCAUCUAUGUCAUUCAUCAGGCUGGGAAUUACACCUUCAACCGAGCAAAGCUGAUGAAUGUGGGUUUUCGUGAAGCCAUGAGGGAAGAAGACUGGGACUGCCUCUUCUUCCAUGAUGUGGAUCUCAUUCCAGAAGACGACCGCAAUACUUAUGUUUGCGACGCUCAUCCGAAACAUGCCGCCAUUGCCAUGGACAAAUUUGGCUACAAGUUGCCUUAUAAGAUGUAUUUUGGAGGAGUGUCAGCGUUGACCCCCAAUCAGUACCUCAAGAUGAACGGGUUUCCAAACAACUACUGGGGCUGGGGUGGCGAAGACGACGACAUUGGAAUCCGCGUGUCUCUUGGAGGAAUGCUGAUCAGUCGUCCAUCUGUAAAAGUGGGCCGAUAUAAGAUGAUCAAACACAAACAUGACAAAGGCAAUGAAGUGAAUCCAAAAAGGUUUAACAUGUUGGCAAAGACCCGGCAUACAUGGAAAGAGGACGGCAUGAAUACGGUGGAGUACGAGAUCGUGUCUCGGGACUAUCAACUGCUUUACACCAACAUCACCGUCAACAUCGGCACGGAGGCGGGCCUGCAUCCGCGAAAUAAAUCUGCAUCCUAGUAUCCCAGAGACUUGAAAGAAACUGCCUGAAAAACGCUUUCCUCGCUUGCACGCGGCCAGUGAUUCAAACAGGAUCUCAUGCCUUUAACCGCACCAGACUUUCCUCGUAACGGUGGUGCCACAGCUUCGGUCUCAUGAUUGUUGUCUUUCUCUCCCUUUCUCCAAAGUUUGACAUUUUUCUCUCACUGGUUCACUUUAUUAGUCAGGAUCCCGCAGGUGACCGUCAACCGGACGGAUGCGUUCCUGACGGACAGACUUUUCAUAUAUCCUCCAUGCCCGAGGGCGUCGUUAUAAACCUCUGUUGCCUUAGAAUCAAGCUGCACUCUCUUUACAUUUGUUUCAUGAUGGCUGAAGCGUCGGUUCGGCCAAGUCCAGCACCUGGAGAGGGGUAAAAUCGCUUUCUGACACGUGUCGGAAAUGAAGCAGGCCAACGUACAGCAUACGCAACAUUGUUUGCCGCACUACUCUGUGAGUGGUGCGUUUUCUGUUUGGUAAAUUAGUAUGUUUGAUUAUGUACUGUAAUGUUAUCCGGGUGGGUGGAGCGACAUUUUGAGUGACUCGAUCAAAUCUGGUCUCUUUCGUCGUAAUAACCACUUGCAUACGCUAUUAUCUUUCCAAAUUGCCUUUUUGGAUUUCUUAGUUUAUCAUUGGCUUUAUAAUUAAUACGCUGCCUCUCGUUAUUCACGAUAUUGUAUUUUACCUGCAUGAAUUUUCUUUUUGUUUAAUGAUUUACUGGAUUUUGUUGUGUUUUUUUGCUCCGUUAGGGAUGGGCAUGUUGAAUGUAUCCAUUAUACAGUUUGACAGGAUGCCAUGUCAAUGAAAACGCAUUGUGUCUGUGUGUCAGAGACGGUUUAGUUGGUUUUAUAACGUUCGCAAACUUCAAGAGCUCGGAAAGGAUAUACAUCCAGAACACUCCAAAAUAUGCCAGCUUAAAUGCGUAGUUCACCCAAAAAUGAACAUUUUGUCAUCCUUAGCUCACACUUAAGUUGUUCGAAACCUAUAUAUGAUAUUUGUAAAUGAGCACAUUGACUACCACAGUAGGAAAAGCAAAUACUAUGGAGUCAAUGGUGCUCAAAUGCUUUGGUUACAAAUAUUGCCCAAAAUAUCUUUCUUUUUGUUCAGCAAAACAAAAAAAAUGUAUACAGGUCUGUAACAACUUGAGGGUGAUUAAAUGAUUACAGAAUUUUCAUUUUUGGGUAAACUCUCCCUUUAAGUUUAGUCGAGUUCGUGUUUGACAAGUUUUAAGUAAAGUUUCAGUAAAAUGAGUGGAUUUUGAAACAUUUAAAACAUUUACAUUUCCAGAAAUGGGCGAAUCUCACAAAACCGGUCGAAAACACAUUCAUGUCAUAUUUCAAAAACAAUUUAUGCAAAGUACUGAACAGUAAUAAAAAAUAAAGCCUAUUUGCGGACCAUUACGUACAGAACAAUGUAGGCCCCAUUUCAUUACUGUCUUGGAAGAAACUUUUACUUUAAUACAUUAAACAAAAAAUGUGUGAUAAUGAGGAUUUACUUUAACACCUCUCAAAAAACUAAA